UCGCGCCGGCUCGGUACAUGAUACAUGUCAUUGUGUGAUAUCGAUCGUUCGUGAUCGUUGUUGCUUAACUCCUAACAGUAACAGUAACUAAAAUUUAGUGUGAUCAAAAACGUCAUUGGACGAUGUUGCUGACAUGAACCAUCAGUAGCCGAUCACUGGAUGUUGACAUGUACAUGGGCAUGGAUUAUCAGUUUAAUCGGUUAUCGUUAUCUUUCUGAGUUGACAUUUGUCAUGAUUGUGUAAUAUUAACUUUCACCACCAUCAGUCACUCCGUUGUCUGGUUGUUAUAUUCAUGGUUAUCGUUGUGCAGUGUGCACAUAACGUGUAGGCUUAGGCGAGAUAUCUGCGUGCACUGCAUUCAGCGCAGGUCAGAAAUCGUCAGAAAACUGCACGACCAGCUCUGGUGUGCUGCACUGCACUGCAUAUCAUGAUCAUAGAAUUUCACAGCACAUUGUGAUUGUAUUGAAUACUGCUUUUCAACAUGGGACAGAAAGGACGGCAGUUUCGUCUGCUUCUCUGGAAGAACUUUAUUUUGCAGAUCCGACGUCCCAUUGGAACCACAUUCGAAUUGCUGCUGCCAUUUUUUGCCACAGCACUGCUUCUGCUCGCAAGAGUUCUCAUCAGAUCAGAAGACCUCUGUUUCACAACCUUUGAGCCAGGCUUCUCGGAGCAAGAGAGUCUGUCUGCGUCGGACAUUGAGCGGCUUCAGACAUGCGUCACCAAUGGCACAGGAUGCCCCCAGUUGGCUUAUUACCCAAACAACAACCUCACCUCUGCCCUAAUGCUUGGCGUAGCCCUGCAAGUGACAAUCCCUCUGUCUCCUAGUAACUUCUCGUCAGAGGAGGAGUUGGUGAAAACAGCAGCUGAAGACCUGGACAGUUACUAUGGAGUGAUAGUAUUUGACAUUGGCAAUGACACCACAACACUCCCUAAGGAUGUCACCUAUAAGAUCCGUCUGCCUCAUGACAUAGUCCGACAGGAAACUUGGCGAACCGAGCGGACCUAUCCCAACUUUGACGUAGUUGGGCCACGACUAUACAACUUGUACAAAACCCGUUUCCUAGCCUUGCAGCAUGCUAUCGAUUCAGUCAUAGCCAGCUUCCAUGUGGCUGAGAUAGAUGGUCUGUUCGGUGCCUUCCAGAAAUUACGUACCGUUGAAGUACAGUUGCAGCAAUUUCCGCACCCGGCCUACCUGUCAGACAGAUUUCUACUCACCCUGGAAUUCCUGAUGCCUUUCCUAUUAUGUCUAAGUUUCAUCUACACGGCAGGAACCAUUGUCCGGGAACUGGUUUUGGAGAAGGAGAAACGUCUAAAGGAAAGCAUGAAGAUGAUGGGUCUUGCCAACUGGAUCCACUGGUCGGCGUGGUACAUCAAAAAUCUAGUGUUUCUUCUUGUGCCGAUUAUUUUGAUUACCAUCCUGUUGAAGGUAGGAAGGGUCUUCCCCAACUCGGAUCCUACCAUCAUCUUUGUCUUUCUAUUCCUGUGGCUGAUUGCCAGCAUCGCCUGGGGAUUUGCCAUCAGUGUCUUCUUCUCCCGUGCUCGACUUGGCCUCAUCUUUGGUUUUGUUCUCUGGUUUGCCAACUAUCUCCCACUGUUGUUCAUAGCCUAUGACAGCUCCACAACACAAGUGAAGACAGCCUCGUGUCUUCUGUCCAACGUCGCAUUUGGGUUUGGCGUGACGGUGGUCACGCUAUUUGAAGGCAAGAGUGUGGGUCUGCAGUGGAGUAACGUUAAUACAUCGCCUUCCCUUGACGACCCUUUCACCAUGGGCACUGUGUUUCUGAUGUUCAUUGUGGACACCUUGAUAUAUCUCGUGAUAACUUGGUAUAUUGAGGCAGUGUUUCCUGGGAAUUACGGCAUACCAAAGCCAGCGUACUUCCCCUUUCAGAGGUCUUACUGGUGUAGCGUAUCUCCUAAGCAACAAGUAGCCAAUGACGGGCAAGAGAAUGAGAUUGGAAUGAAUGCUGGCUUGGAUCCAGCUAACCACGAGGCCAGCCCUGAGGGAAUCCCAGCCGGAAUCAAGAUACACGGACUGACUAAAGUCUACAAGAGCUCAGUGGGCAACAAGCUUGCUGUUGACAACCUGUCGGUCAGCAUGUACCAGGGGCAAAUAACGGCCCUCCUCGGCCACAACGGGGCCGGCAAGACUACCACCAUGUCCAUUCUGACUGGCUUAUUCCCGCCAAGCUCUGGCACGGCCUACGUCAAUGGUUACAACAUCCGGACCGACAUGGAUCGUGCGCGCAACAGCCUGGGCCUCUGUCCCCAGCACAACGUGUUGUUUGAUCGGCUGACUGUGAAGGAACAUCUGGACUUCUUCAUUGCUUUGAAGGGAAAAUCUGGGAAGGAAGCAGACCAAGACGUCCGUAACAUGAUAAGUGACCUUCAGCUGGUUGAUAAGACCCAUGCCCAGUCCACCAAUCUGUCAGGUGGCAUGAAACGCAAACUCAGUUGUGCCAUUGCUCUGAUUGGUGGAUCCGAGGUUGUGAUUCUAGACGAACCGACAUCAGGCAUGGACCCCUAUGCACGACGUGCUACUUGGGACUUACUGCUGAAAUAUAGACAUGGAAGAACCAUGGUUCUCACUACGCACUUUAUGGAUGAGGCAGAUCUCCUUGGGGACCGCAUCGCCAUCAUGGCCAAUGGACAGCUCAGAUGCAGCGGCACCUCCCUCUUCCUGAAAAAUAGGUUUGGUGUUGGGUACCAUUUGACCCUGGUCCGUAACCAGACCUGUGCCAUUGACUCUGUGCGGGCCGUUGUCAGCAAGCACGUACCCCAGGCUGAGCUGGAAGGCAACGUAGGCAAUGAGCUGGACUUCAUUCUGCCAAGGGAUGAAACUGCGGUGUUCAAGUAUCUCUUCAUGGAACUAGAAGGUUCUAGGGAAGCCCUGGGCAUUGACAGCUUUGGCGUUUCCAUAACAACCAUGGAGGAAGUCUUCAUGAAGGCCGGGGAGAUGGCAGAGGACGCGGACAAGAGGAACGGAAACCUGGAGAAUCACCGUGGCAACGGGGCCAUCGUGAAUGCCUCCUCCACGGAGCAGCUGGCUCAGAACGCUGAGAUUCAGACCAACGGCAGCGUGCCCAGCCAGUCGGUAGACACAGGAGAAUUGCAUUCUGGCAUCCGCUUGAAGUACCAUCAGUUUGCCGCGAUAUUUGUCAAGCGUUUCCUGUACAGUAUGCGUGACAAGAAGUCGCUGAUCACACAAUUCCUCCUCCCGUUGCUCUUCGUUGUCUUUGGCCUGCUCAUCAUCAAGACCAGUGGCGACGCAGUAAGCGACCCUCUACGUGUCAUGACAUUGGAGAACAUCUCCCGACAUGACGCGACCAUCGAUGUCAAGAUGUUCUACGCCGACCUUCGCAACCAGAGCCGCAGCACAAUCAACAUUGAUGGCAGCACCGUAGAAGUCAAUGGGACUUCUUUCACGUUCAACGGUACAACGGUAACUUUCAACGGGACCACGAUUACCUUAAAUGACAGCACAGUAGACAUUAAUUGGAUGGACGUUUUCCAGUAUCUCCCAAGUGUGUUGGAACCAUUGGCCAUUACGUACAUCAACGUGUCAUCUCCUGUAGUGUCCCUCAUGGAGGAUAACUCAGGGGAUCUUGUCGAAGGAGAACCCAUGACAGAGGAUAAAGACUGCUGUGCCUAUCCUAACAUGAUUCUGAAUGAUGAGUGUGCUAGUACUCUGUAUAAUAAUGGUGAGAAGAGUGAACUCUGUAAAGACGUGAACGGCUUUGGAUAUCACAGCUGUCUUGCUUGCCUCACAAGCACCUCGUUUUAUGAGAAGACUAACAGCAGUGAUACCAGUUAUGAUGCUGAUGAUACAUGUCCCAUUGGUGCCAACCGGAGUGUUCUCAUGGACGGCAACACAUUCUUCCAAGAGUAUGUACUGCGUCAGAGCGAGAAUGACACGGCAUUCUUCAACAAGUAUGUGGCGGGAUUGACACUGACAGAAAACGGACUGAACCAGGUCCUUUUGACAGGAUGGUACAGCAAUGAGGCAUACCACACAUCCAGUGAGGUGCUCAACACCAUAGCAAAUAUCGUCCUCAAGUACUUCACCAAUGAUUCCUAUAGCAUCACCACUAUCAACCACCCACUACCCAAUAGUGCUACAAACCAGGUUGAAAAUGCUGCAUCUAGCUCAGAUACCUUCACUUUGUCACUACUCAUCCUGUACGGUGUAUCCUUCCUUGCUGCAAGCUUCAUCCAUUUCAUCGUCACGGAAAAACAAUGCAAGGCCAAGCACCUUCAGAUGGUUAGUGGACUAGACGGCCUGACCUACUGGAUAGCCAACUUCUGCUGGGAUGCCAUUAACUAUCUCCUGGUCUUCAUCUGUAUCAUCAUCAUCUUUGCUGCAUUCAACCUUACGGCAUUCGGCGGGGAGAACCUGGGCACUGUAGCAGUCAUACUGCUGUUGUUUGGAUGGGCUGCCGUGCCUUUCGUCUAUUUCCUCUCCUUCUUGUUCAAGACUCCUGUCACAGCAUAUGCUGUCACUGCUACUUUCCUGACGCUGGUUGGAAUGUCCAUGGUCAUCACAGUCUUUGUGCUGGAAGUUAUUGGAACUUACGAAGACGAGGUGAAUAUUGUCGAUCACAUCUUCAUGGCCCUUCCUACUCACUGCUUGGCCCGGGGGUUGAUCCAGCUGUCCACCAACGUGGCGAUUCGCGACACAUGCACCGCUUCAGACCUGGAUAUGGAGGUUUGCGAGUUUGCCAAUAUCAGUUACGCUGCCAACAACCUAGACUGGGACAAGCCGGGCAUUGGCCAGCAUGCCGUAUACUUGGCAGUAGAGGGCCUCAUCUUCUUUGCUCUUACCCUUCUGCUUGAGAUGAAUUUUUUCAUUCCGUCUCGCUCAGCCAAGUAUCUUAAAGCUCACAACAGUGCUGCAGAGGAUGUUGAUGUGGCCAAUGAGAGGUCAAAGGUCGAUUCCCUGGACCCCAAGCGCAGUGAGUACGCUGUCAUCUUGAAGAAUCUGUCCAAGAUGUUCCGCAGCAAACCCUCGCCUGCCGUGGACCAGCUCAGCCUCGCCAUACCCAAAGGAGAGUGCUUUGGUCUGCUGGGAGUCAAUGGUGCGGGCAAGACUACCAGCUUUGGCAUGUUGACUGGUGAUCUAGGCUUGACUGCAGGCGAAGCCUACAUGGAAGGAUUCAGCAUUCAGAAAUAUCGUAGAAAGGCCCAACAAAGAAUGGGAUACUGCCCACAGUUUGAUGCUUUGAUUGAGCGACUGACAGGCAGGGAGUUACUGACCUUGUUUGCUCGUCUGCGUGGGAUUCCUGGAAAGAACAUCAAGUCAGUGGUGAAGAGCACCAUCACGCAUCUGAACCUAGACAACUGGGCUGACAAACUGUGUGGGACAUACAGUGGGGGUAACAAGAGAAAGCUCAACACUGCCAUAGCCAUCGUGGGCAAUCCACCUAUCAUUCUUCUUGAUGAGCCAACAUCAGGCAUGGACCCCAAGGCACGGCGCCAUCUAUGGGAUGCAUUGACUAUGGUCAUGAGAGACGGCCGGUCUAUUGUCCUGACAUCACACAGCAUGGAGGAGUGUGAAGCCUUGUGCACACGUCUAGCCAUCAUGGUCAAUGGGCAAUUCCAAUGCCUCGGUAGCACACAGCACCUGAAGAGCAGGUUUGGGACAGGCUACACCAUGAUGAUCAAAGUCAGACCCAACGCUGAUGUGCAGAUAGUCAAGAACUUUGUCCAUUCUGUCUUUGAUGGUGCUUUUCUUUUGGAGGAACACCAGGGAUUGCUUCACUAUCAGGUCAACAAUGAGCAGCUGAGCUGGUCCUUCAUCUUUGGUGCUUUGGAAGAAAGCCGUGUUGGUCUGGACAUUGUUGAUUACAGCGUCAGCCAGACUACUCUGGAACAGGUGUUCUUGAAUUUUGCCAAGAUGCAGCAUGCUGAGGGGACCACAUUAAAGAUUGGUCGUCAGCAACGGCCCCCUGCACCCUACAACGAGCCCAGCACUGGCCUGCAAAUGCCUGUCGUCAACACUUAGGUUAUAAGGCAUGGGUACAGAAUAAGGACCCAUUUGAAAAUACAAACCCACUCAGAAUUAAAACACUACAAGUUCAGGAUUUGGUAACUGACUACAUCUUGGUCAUCACGACAGACUAAGGGUUUGAAACUGAAUUGCGAUGAAACAAUUGAAAUUCCAAACCCAAUUUAAAAUAUGUCCAGUAUCUCAACCUAGUCCUGAUAUCUGUGGAUUGAUCUUGACUUUUUGCACGGGACUUACAAAUUACACAGAAGACAGAAAAAUUAACACAACAAUUAUAAGAGAAAAAUAGUGUUUACGGACUUCUUAUGAUGUGAUAUAAGUCUCAAAUGAAAAAAAAAACAUUCCAAGGUUUGUUUUCAAAGGUAUUUUAUGAUCAAAUGCAUGAAUAUAUUAUCACAUUUCAAUGUAUGUAUAAACUUUGCACAAGAGGUUAAAACUUGUUUACUCAGAUGAUGUUUGUGUGUGUGACAUUAAUGUCUAACUUUGCACAAAAUGGUGUAUUAUUCUUGUUAUCAGAUGGUGUAUAUGUAUAUAUAUGAACAUUCAUGUAUGUGAAUUAAUACAAUAUAUUUUAAAUAUUAAGCUAUUUUCUGACACAAUUUCUACGUAUUUUUCCUCACUAGUGCUUUCACAAUUCAAAAAUGUAUUUUUUUAAAAACAUUUCCAAUGAUCAAAUUUUACAAUUUUUUUUUUCACUUUGUAUCCAAAUGAUCAAUGUUACAUUUUUAAAAACACUUCUAUCUUAGAGAUGUACUGUGCGUGCACUAAGUUCAGAAAUUCAGGGUUUUUACCCCUGUGAGAAAUUAUUGUUUUAGGCCUCAAUAAGUAGGAAUUUGUAAAAUGACUUUUCCAUAAUCAAGCAUAAUUUUGUGCUUGAUGUCUCAUUCAGAAGUGAAUAACUUUGGCAUUCCCAGAAAAUAGCAAUUUUAGAAAAUAAUUGUAUUUUUCUGGUUGAAACGCAAAAAUAGAAGUGAAAGUACAUCUCUAUUAAAAACCACAGCAAAGUUGACCAAUUUUUCAAUGCUGAACUGUCCACUCAGAUACUAAAACUUAAAAAAAAUAUAUGCACACAAGUCAUUUGCUUGUUUUCAAAAUGUUGUUUUGUCAUUAAGAAGUGAUGUUGUCAAAACUAAAAUGUUUAUAAUCAUGUGCUAUUUUUUGCAAUGGUUUUGUAACUUGUAUUAACUUUUGAGGCAUACAAUGCAUUUUGUGAAAUCAAUGCAGAUAUUGUUAUAGUGCAUUACACUAUUUGCCGUCAUAGAUUUGACCUCACCAAGAGGUCAGCAGCUUGUUGCCAUAGCUUUUGGAAACAGCAACAUUUGCAAGUAUGCAGCCUCUCAUGUUGUGCCUCCCAUGUUGUGCCGUUUAACAUCAAACACUGAAUUAUUUGUGAAUUCAGCAGGAAGGUUCCUGAUAUUGCACGGGCAGCUUGGUUUCCUUAAUUUAGUUCAUUGAUACAUUCAUGGCUUCAUUUGUGUGCCCUUUCAGUUAUCAGUUUGUAUACCAGGCUGUAAAGGUUCUUCCCUCUAUGAGCCCACCAUGUAUUCUAUUAGCAAGUUAUCUGUUAAUUUAAGUAAGAUUUGAUGGUUUGCAUGGUGGAAGUCCAAAGAUGUAAGGUUUGCGGUAGCACCAUGGAGUCAAAUCUCUUUUUGUGACUGUGUGUGGUUCUGAAAAGAACUGGUUUCAUACAGUAUGCUCUGUCCAUCUUCAGGACCACACACAGUCACUAAAAAAAGAUUUGACUACAUGGUGCUUCCAUAAACCUUAUAUUGCUUAAAUCUGUAAAGUGUUUCAGAUGGCAGAACUAUCUUGGUGCUGGUAUGUAUGUUCAACCCCCCACCCCCCCC